AUGCCUUAUCGCGCUACUAUGGCCCGACAGGUUUCAACCUGUGUUUUUGACUCACAUAGCGGCAAACCGCGCGGUUAG